UCGGUCUGUUGUUCAGUUUCAUCUCCGCUGACUGCCAGCGAGUGGUGCGCCGAGGCGGGGGACGUGACAGGGACGCGCAUGUAGCGCCGCGGAUGCUCGUAACAAGUGGCCGGCAGCGGGAGGGAGGGCGCGCUUUAAAUACAGUGCAAGUCCCACUUCAUUCCGAGACGGUGCCUCGUCUGCAACGGCGGCUUUAUAUCAUACGGACCCAAACCUUGGAACCGCGCUGAGAUACGGUCUUAUUAUUAUGAAGAUGUUAAUCGCCGCAGGUGGAUGUGUCGUGUUUGCUGGGGAUACGCGUGUGGGCAUUUUAACGAAGUACGGGCGUCUUUGAGCAAGUCUUUCCUCCCUUCUGGUUGUGGCGGAGCAGAAAGCGAACCUCGGGGAGCGCAGGAUGAGAAGCGCCGCCUGGCUGCUGGGUUACUUCGUUCUUAAAGUUGUUGUGCUGCUGUGCGACGCGGCCGGCGAGCCCGGACGCCAACUCAGCGGCUUUGUCAUGAUGUCGGGCUCCAACGACUCCAGAGACGGCGAGAACGGCUUAACGGAGACCCCGCAUAUUGAGGACCGCUGCCGGGGUUACUACGACGUGAUGGGACAAUGGGACCCCCCGUUUGUGUGCAGGACCGGCAGCUACCUGUACUGCUGUGGGACCUGUGGCUUCAGGUUCUGCUGCGCGUUUAAGAGCUCGCGCUUGGAUCAGAACACCUGCAAAAACUACGACACUCCCAUGUGGAUGAUGACGGGCAGACCCCCCUCCAAAAAAAACGACCCCGCUCACGACCCGACCAAGGAUAAAACUAACUUAAUUGUCUACAUAGUCUGUGGAGUAGUGGCUAUCAUGGCGCUGGUUGGGAUAUUCACGAAGCUCGGACUGGAAAAGGCGCAUCGACCCCACAGAGAAAACAUGACCAGAGCUCUCGCAAACGUCAUGCGGCAGCCAGGCUCGUGCCCAGCCGAGCCGAUGGAGCGCGAGGAGGGCCUGGGCGUGCAUGUGCAGCACUACGAGAACCUGCACGCGCGAGUCACCGUUAACAGUUUCCAUGGCGCCAUGAACAGCCUGGGCCCCACCCCGACCCUGGUGCCGACCAUGACCCAGCCGCACCCGUACGCAACGCUGGGGGGGCCGCUGACGCACACCUACAAUCAGCCGCCACUGGCCAAGGAGCUCAACAAGUAUGCGUCACUGAAAGCAGUAGCGGAAAAGGCCAAUGACAACUUCUACGUGAAUCGCCGGCACCUGACUGAUCUGACCACCAAGGGCAGCCUGCCCCUGCACCCCGUACGCCUACAGCACAACACACCGCCCUUCUACGCACCCGAGCCCCUGGUGGCCCCACCGGCGCCCCUCCCAACCCCCCUGGCGGUCACCCUUCCGACCCCCCUGCCGACCCCCCUGCCAGCCCCCCUCCCCAUGUCCAUUCCCAAGCAAAAUGGGCACAAGCCAAGGGUGGUACGUGCCCAUGGGCCUCCCCCGCUAGCGUAUGCCUCACACACCAUCGCCAGCCCGGGCAUGAUGAAGGGCUGGAGCGCCAUGGAGGCCUCGGCCACGCUGGGGCCCCGUUCGCUGUACGCGCCCCGCAAGCACUGCACCAUGGAGCGGUCAGGCCAGCUCUACCUGUCCCGCAGCCAGCACUACCUGCCCCCUCACCCCUAUUUUGUCACCAACAGCAAGACGGAGGUGACUGUGUGA